AUGGCUUUAGGCGAAACCAAACAGUCGCCGGAGAGGAUGGAGGAGAGCGUGGGCUGCGCGGCUGACCGCGCCCGUCUGCUAGACGCAGACUCGGAGCCGGAGCAGACGGACCCUGUCGCCGUCCGGGCGACUAUCGCGUCGUACCUGGAGGACAUCGACAGCUACAUGCGGUCCCUGGAGGAGCUAAGGAGGCCGAGGGACUAUAUGCCGGAGACCCUAGUUACCCCUGCUCGGAGGGCAGCCGUGGUGAAUUGGCUCGUGAGAGUGGCUGAUGCAUUUAAGUUUCCGGCUGACACACUUCACCUUGCGGUUUCAUACGUGGACCGCUUCCUCUCAGUGGGUGUCAUUGUCCGGAAGGAGCUGCAGUUACUGGCCGUGGCUGCAAUGCUUCUUGCUGCGAAAUAUGAAAAUGGAUAUAUACAUGAGGUGGAGGAUUACACUUACAUUACCGACAACUUAUACACCAAACAGCAGGUGGUGAAGAUGGAGUCUGACAUACUGAAUUUGCUUAAGUUUGAGAUGGGGAGCCCCACUACAAGAACUUUUCUACGGAGAUACAUAGCUACUUGUCGUCGAGGCGAUGCAAAAAAGCUGGAGUUUCUGUGUAGCUACCUUGCGGACUUAAGCUUGUUGGACUAUGACUGCACAAAGUUCAAGCCAUCAGUUGUUGCCGCUGCCUGCCUUUUUGUGGCCAGGUUCACAAUCAACCCAAAUACCCGACCUUGGAACCUGAUGCUGCAAUGGAAAAUGGACUACAAGGUCUCUGAUCUCAAGUGUUGCAUCUUGAAGAUACACUGUUUGCAGUCGAUUGGAACGUAUCCAGGCCUGAAACCAGCUUCCGUAAAAGACAAGUACAAUCACUGCGAGCUUGAGCGUGUGUCGGAAUUGAUUCCACCACAAGAGAUCCCUGAGUACUUCCUAGAAGAUAUCAAACAAUGA